GAUCUGCUCAGGGUCGGGAGGAGGUUCCUGCGCCGCGGGAACGUUUAACUGGAGGCGCGGAGUUUUCUAUUAAAGCUCAGUGCGCGUCGGAGGCGCGUCAGCUGGUUUUUACGCACAGGCUGGGAGGCGACUCGGCGCCGCGGGACGCGUGUUCGUCUUCAGGAUACUCACCAGUGAUCUGUACGCAUCUUUCCGAGUCAUCACCGGAGAUACGGAGCGCUUUGGAGAGGCGGGAUGAGAAUCAUGAGUGCGCACCCGGUGUGUGUUUUUGUGAUUUGCGUCUAGAGGAAGAAACCCGGUGGAGAAUAAAAAAAAAGCAAAAAAAAAAAAGGGUUCUCCAGAUCCAUGACCGGAAUUUAACGUGUGGAUAAAAACAAAACAAAAAAAAAAACACUUGGUUUCAUUUUUAUUUGUACAUUUUAUUGCACACUCGGGACUAAAUGGUGAUGUUUCCCUCACCGCGCACGACUAUGACCCUUCUCGUUACCCGAAGACUCUUGUUCUUGUUUGUAUUGUUCCAGACUCCUCGGGUAAUCGCGUCUAUAAUCACAGGAACGGAGGCGAGCUGCGACAACGAAGGAGAGGUGUUACACAUUCCCAACAUCACGGACAACCCCUGCAUCUCCUGCGUGUGUCUGAACAAUAAAGCAGACUGCAAGCAGGAGAAGUGCCCCCUAGUGGCAGACGACUGUGCUCUGGUGGUGAAACAGACCGGAGCCUGCUGUGAAAGAUGCAAAGGGUGUCAGCUGGAAGGGAAGUCUUACAACAGCUCGUAUUCAUGGACGACCCCGAACAAGCCGUGCAUCACACGUCGAUGUCAGGAAGGUGUAGUUACUGAGGCAGAAAUGCAAUGCGUGGUUCCCUGCAAGAACCCCAAAAUCCAUCCCAAGAAAUGCUGCCCUUCCUGCCCAGGUUGUAUCUUUGAGGGUCGGCUUUAUAAAGAGAGAGAGGAGUUUCACCCUGAGGGGAAGCCCUGCAUCAAAUGCAUGUGCACCGGAAGCCGAACGAUGUGCCAUAGAGAGGUUUGUCCUGUUCUGUCCUGCCCAUCCCAUUUGAGCCACACCCCUCCAGGCCAGUGUUGUCCCAGAUGCCAGGGUCAGAGGAAGGUGUUCGACCUGUCCCUGGGUAGCUGCUUAUUUCACAGUGAAGUCUAUGAGAACAAUACAUCCUUCAGCUUAGACAACUGUACGGCAUGCACCUGUCUGGACUCUACAGUAGUGUGUAGGAAGCGCUGUUCACCUGCAGGAAGCUGCCAGACUGGCCAGUGCUGCCCUGAGUGUCUCUCGUACCUGAAGACGGAGGACAUCAAAUACUGCAGGCUCAAAAACAAGAUCUACAGGGAUGGGGAUCGUUGGUCUUCAGUAAACUGCUCUUUAUGUACCUGUGUGAAGGGGAACAUCGAGUGUCAGCCUAAACACUGUGUCCCGGUCACCAGCUGCCCUGCGAAUAAGAUACUGAACCGGACAGGCUGCUGCCCCGUUUGCACUGAAAAGCCGGGCGUGUGCACUGUGUUUGGCGACCCACAUUACAACACGUUCGAUGGACGCACCUUUAACUUCCAGGGAACGUGUCAGUACGUCCUGACCAAGGACUGCACGUCAGCGAGUGGCUUCACUGUCCUGGUGAAGAAUGAUGCACGGAAAACACGCUCGUUCUCCUGGACCAAGUCGGUGGAGCUGCGUAUGCCGGGGAUGACCGUGAGCCUGCACCAGCACUUAACAGUGCGGCAGAACGGCACACGUGUUGCACUGCCGUUCCACAGCACCGGUGUUCAUAUCGACCUCGACGGCUACCUUUUGAAGCUCACCACAAUCAUAGGUCUUGAGAUCACAUGGGAUGGUGACAGUUUGGUGGAGGUGGUGGCUGCUCCUCACCUGAAGAAUCGACUGUGUGGUCUGUGCGGUAACUACAAUGGGCACAGGCGGGACGACGCAGUGGGCAGCGAUGGCCAGUUCAAGUACGACGUGGACGAGUUUGCAGAGUCGUGGCGUGUGGAUGGUAAUGAGGUGUGUGAGCAACCUCCCCGCAGGCCCACACCGUCCCUCUGCCCCGGCUCGGUCAAGGUGAAGAUCCGUGCCCACCGCUCCUGCCACAAACUUAAAUCCUGGGAGUUCCAGAAGUGCCACUCAGUGGUCGACUUUGCCCCCUUCUACAGGUCAUGUGUUACGGAUAUGUGCGAGUGCCCGGUGCAUAAGAACUGCUACUGCGAGUCUUUUAUCGCCUACAGCCGGGCGUGUGAGAGAGAGGGAGCGCCUGUGCUCUGGAGGCCCGAACAGUCGUGUAUGACCACGCAAUGCAAACACGGCGCUGUGUAUGACACCUGCGGCCCCGGCUGCACCAAAACCUGCGACAACUGGAACGAGAUCGGUCCGUGUAGCAAACCCUGCGUGGCUGGCUGCCACUGCCCGGCUAACCUGGUGCUCAGCCAGGGCCACUGCAUUAAACCCAUGUCCUGCCCUGGCCGGUGACCCGAGUGAUGCCUGCGACCCUGCAGCCUGAACUGUAUGCAGGCGGGAGGCCAAAGACACAUGAAAAAUAUUAAAAAAAACACUCAAGGUUGGACUGGAUCAUUCGUGAGCCCUUGCGACGGAAGAGCAGGACAGGAUAAUCAACCCUGACCUCCUGUCAAUCAGGGGACCUCGUGCUGCAUGGACGCGAGAGUGAGCAGCUCGUGUUCAUGUCCAGUCUGGAACACGUCAAACCUCUAACGCCAACUGGACGCUCAAUACGAACAAAAAAGGACUUGUACAAAAUGCUAAUUUUAUUAAUGUGGAAUUAAAAGGAACUAUUUAUGUAUUUCAUUUAGAUGUGUUUAUUUUGUAUAUUCUGUGCCUGCAGAGGAGCACUAACAUGCUCAAAGAGAAAAGUACUGUACGAGAGACUGUGUGUGUGUGUGUGUAUGUAUAUAUGUGCGGGUAUGUUUGUACUUUAUGUAAAUGUAACUGGUCUAAUAAGCAAUUAUUUAUGAAACACGUCGAGACCUGUACCCUCUGAAAGGAAUGAAAUGAGCCGUGGUCUUUACGUGGGUGUCGAGGGAAGCACCUGCGAGCCUGUGUGGAGGCUCGUCCCAAGCUAAGAAGGAAGGACAAAAGACUGUGGGUUUGCCCCUAUGGUGGCUAAACCUGAAUUAGUGGCUUCCCUUAUUUAAAAUGUGUUUAAGAUAUUCAAAGCGUGUGCCUGGUUAUCUUGAUGUUGUGAAUAAGCUGUUAAUGGAAUAAACAAUAAAAGGAUUAUUCAGUUUUAAACGACUAAUCGUGCUUGUU